AUGAAAGCUAUACAAUGGGAUAAAUCCAAUCUUACACUAGGUCAAGUCCAGAAACCUAAAAUAGCUGGAGAUGAAGUCCUCGUGGAAAUAGCUUAUUCCGGUGUAUGUGGAUCUGAUCUUCACAUUCUCGAUAACGAAAUUGGUAUUCCUGUUGAUAAUCUCAUUAUUGGUCACGAAAUUACAGGGACGGUUGUGGAAGUAGGUCCUGAGGUCAAGCACAUCAAGCUACAGCAAAGAGUUUCCGUGGAUGUCAACCCCCACUGUACCUGUUGCACUUUUUGCCAAGUUGGCAAGAGGAACUACUGCCACGAGACAUUUAGAAAAUGCAUAGGAAUAGGCGAGGAUGGUGGAUUUGCCGAAUUCUGUCGUGUUCAAUCCAGACAAGCAAUACCAAUACCAAAUUCUUUGCCAUUCGACAAGUCGGUCCUGCUUGAACCUAUGGGCUGUGUAAUUCAUGGUUACGAAACGGUCUCUCCCAUUGAAGACGGUAGCAAGAUUUUAAUUAUGGGAGCUGGAAUCUAUGGGUUGCUCUGGACAUGUAUGUUUCAUCAUCGAGGAUUCAGACAUGUUACAGUAUUGGAGGUUUCAACUGAGCGGUUGAAUAUUGGUAAAGGCUUACAACUGGGCUUUGAUUUCUGCCAUCCUGAUGAUUUUAAGACAUCCAAUCAACGGUUUGACAUCGCUGUGGAUUGCACUGGAAACACCACAGCCAUAGAACUAAGCCUCGGUUUCUUGAAUCCUGGUGGAAAACUGCUUCUUUUUGGACUGACACCUAUGGACGCCGAUAUCAAGCUGAAACCAUUCGAAAUAGUCAACAAAGAGAUCAAAAUUUUCGGCACUGCCUUUAGUCCAUUUUGUUUCCCCAAGAGCGUGAGUCUUGUCAGUGACAUGGCGGAUAAAUAUCUGAACUAUGGAAAGCUUGGAAUAGAAAUAUUCAAAUUAGAGCAAUAUGAACAGGCCUUUAACAAAUUGAGAGAAAAGAAAAUUUCCAAGGCAGUAUUCGAGAUUAAAAAGUAA